AUGCGCGAGGAGGAGCUGGAGGUGGCGCUUAAGGUUGUGAUCGUCGGUGAUGGCGGCGUUGGCAAGUCCAGUAUGAUCCAGCGCUACUGCCGCGGCACGUUCACCAGGGACUACAAGAAGACUAUAGGCGUCGACUUCCUAGAACGACAGAUCGAGAUCGAUGGCGAAGAGGUACGGCUUAUGUUGUGGGACACUGCCGGCCAGGAGGAGUUUGAUGCUAUCACAAAGGCAUACUACCGAGGCGCUCACGCAUGUGUCCUCGCAUUUUCUACCACAGAUAGGGAUUCCUUCCUUGCUUUGCACUCUUGGAAGUUGAAGGUGGAGAAUGAGUGCGGUGAAAUACCGACAAUAAUAGUGCAAAAUAAAAUAGAUUUGAUGGACCAGUGCGUUGUUGGACCCGAUGAAGCGGAGCUGGUGGCACGAGCGCUGGGCUGCCGGCUGAUGCGGGCCUCUGUGAAGGAGGAUGUGAACGUAGGUGCAGUGUUCAGGGCGCUGGCGGCGCGCUGCUUGUCCGACAUGCGGCGGGAAGACGCCGCUGAUGUGCCGCUCCCGACCGCCACACCAGUCAUAGGUACGUUUACAAACCACAACAGUAACGGAACGAUUCUGCUGCGGCCCGCCAAGCACCGCCCUGGAGGAAAGAAGAAAAAUGUGCUCAAAAACGCCUGCAGAAUACUGUGA